UUUGUUUGAAUCCGUCUUCGUGACACACAACCUUCCCCUUCACCGUUCGCGAGAUGAUGGCCUCGCGGUCGCGGCUCCGCCUCGCCGCCGCCGGCGAGAACCCUAUCCCACACUCCAAGUCCGGCGGGGAGGGAGGAACGGAGAGGAAGCCGGAGGAGGCGCUGCGGCGGGAGGUGACGGACCUGGGCGGCGGCAGCGAGGUGGUGCACGUGCCGCGGUUCGUGCCCCGGGAGGCGGCGUGGGGGUGGUUCGACUACCUCGACAAGCGCAUCCCAUGGACGCGCCCCACCAUCCGCGUAUUCGGCCGCUCCGCCGUCCAGCCGAGAGAUACAUGCUAUGUCGCGGACGAAGGGCUAACAGAUUUGAGAUAUAGUGGCCAUCAGCCUCAUGCACAUUCUUGGGAUGAAUUCCCUGUGCUCAAGGAUAUCCUGAAGGCGGUUCAUGAAGCCCUCCCUGGGAGCCAUUUUAACAGCUUGCUCCUAAACAGAUACAAGACCGGUUCAGAUUACGUCUCAUGGCAUGCUGAUGACGAGCCGCUGUAUGGACCUACCCCAGAGAUAGCAUCUGUCACCCUCGGAUGCGAACGAGAGUUCUUACUUAGAAAGAAGCCGACGAAAUCGCAAGCUUCACUUGGAUCUGGGGAAGUUGCGCCGAAGCGGCUCAAGGUCAGUGCUCCUCAGCAGCAUUCUUUCCUCCUGAAGCAUGGGUCGCUGCUUGUGAUGAGAGGCUAUACCCAACGGGACUGGCAGCACUCGGUCCCGAAACGAGCUAAAGCAAGCUCACCGAGGAUCAAUCUGACUUUCCGGCGAGUGCUGUAGCAUCUUUGUGUACAGCGUCGGAGGCAGCUUCCGGGCAGGUCGGGCGGCUGCCUGGGCUCCAUUGCUGGCGCGUACACUAGAGACUAUCUAUAACAUGUAUAUAAAAAUUAAUAGAUCACAGGAAAACACUAUUAGUCACACAGGAGCGAUGGUGUUUGCCACUGUUUGCAUGGUAGCGAUCUUAUCUUUGCCUCCCUCGAUCUUUUGCGAUUGUGCAAACUUAUCACGGACAUUGUUUUGGGGAGACUUGAUGUUUGUGUUCUGCUACUCUGUUAGUGCAUCAUACAUUCUGGCAUCAUGUUGUACUUGUAUCAGCUA